AUGGAGGACGAUAAUGAAGGAGUAGGAACUGGUGGUACUACUACUGCUAGUAGUAGUGGAGCAGUAACAGGAAGUACAACAACAGGAGGAGGAGGUGGUCAUAAACAUAGUAACUUGUCAGAGGAGAUACAGUUAGAGAGACCACUAUUAAAGGCACCUGUAGAACAACUAAACAAGUUAUUUAGAAACACACAAAAGAGUUUGGAAAAGGAAAUGACUGUACUCGUAAACACAAUCAAUGAUAUGAACAAACGAAAAGAUACUAUCACCAAAGAUGAAGUAUCGACUACAAUCGAUAAACUAUUAAACAAAAUGAAUAAUCUAAAGAGAAAGAUUGAAGAAACAAAGAAUGAAGAAGAAGGACAUUUAAAGAGAAUGAAAGCAAGAUUAGACCAUUUAAAGGAUGCAAAUACCAAUCAACAGAAUCCACAUCAAAGAGAUCACUUUAACUCUGUCAGAGUUGAUAGAGUAUUGAUUGACUAUUUAUUACGUGAAGGAUAUUACAAUACAGCAAUUAAAUUGGCUUCAACUGGAAAGAUUACUGAGUUAUCAGAUAUUGAUUUAUUUGUAUCAUCUAAAAAGGUGAUUGAUGGAUUAACCAAACAUGAUUGUACAGAAGCUUUGGCAUGGUGUAAUGAUAACAAAUCAAAAUUAAAAAAGAUUAAUAGUACAUUAGAAUUUAAUCUAAGAAUACAAGAAUUUGUUGAAAUGGUUAGACAGAAUAAAUUGGGAGCAGCUAUAUCAUACUCUAGACAACACCUUUCACCCAAUGCAUCAACCAAUAUGAAAGAGAUUCAACGCGCAAUGGCAACACUUGCAUUUAGAAAGGAUACAUCAUGCGAACGAUAUAAAUACCUAUUUGAUGAAAUGCGAUGGACAGAUCUAAUCAAUCAAUUUAAAGUAGACAAUUAUAAUAUCAAUUCAUUAACUUUGAAAUCUCUUCUCACUAUUACCUUUAAAUCUGGUUUAUCUGUUUUAAAAACAGAAUCAUGUGGAUGUACAGAAAGUAGAAAUAUAAAUUGUCCAGUUUGUGAUAAGGACUUUAAGAAACUUGCCAAACCGUUACCUAUAUCAUUGCAGAGUCAUAGUAGUUUGAUUUGUCGAAUUAGUGGUGAAGUUAUGGAUGAGCAUAACCCUCCUCUUGUCCUUCCAAAUGGUCAAUUGUACUGUAAGAAUGCUUUGGAUGCAAUGGCAGAGGCCAAUGAAGGAGUUGUUACCUGUCCCAAGACUGGUAAAUCAUUUGAUUAUUCUCAAUUACGUAAAGCAUUUAUUUCCUAA